AUGUCUCUUAUUAAUCCAACCGAAUUCGAUGAUUUAAUAACUCGUCAUCGACAAUCGAGUGAUAUUCUAUGGGCAUUGAAAACCUGGCAUCAUCCAGUAUUUGAUAACAAAGAACAAUCGAUCAAAUCCACUCAGUUAAUCAAUAAAACCACCCAGAUAUCAUCGAUUAUCACGCCGGUGCACUAUAAAACCUUACCGAGAAAUUCUGAACAAAUCAAAUUCGAUGUUCUCAAUAGUUUAGCAGUCAAACACACGAUUGAUUCGCUGAAUAUCGAGACAGCCCAUGGAUAUGAUCAGGCGAAGGCAAUUACUCAAGAAAUGUCGCAUCGGUUGAAUAUUCGCACCGCUCGAUUUCUCGCAUUCAUCUUUGCAAAGAUAUUCAAUCAAGUUUACGACAACAUCUACAUUGAUCAUCAUGGAAUGGAUCUAAUCUAUCAAAUGUACUCGUUAACCCCCAGAAAUUCCUCACCAGCAUUGCCAUCCUCACCAAUAACCAUAUCAUCGACAUUGUUCGCGAUCUUAAAUACAUUUUCACGUUCAUCAUCGCCGUCCGAUGAUAAUCUGUCGAUGAAUACUCUUCCAUCACCGUUAACAAGUAAACAUUACUUAACAUCUCCGAGAAUUAUCUAUUUACCUACACAUCGUAGUUAUAUGGAUUUCAUUAUCCUGACAUAUAUUUGUUUUGAGUAUAAUAUUCCGAUGCCAUGUAUUGCUGCUGCACAGGAUUUUCUCGGUCUUGGUCUAUUAGCGAAUUUACUUCGUAAUUGCGGUGCAUUUUUUAUUCGUCGUUCGUUUCGAUCGGAUCUACUCUAUUGGACAAUAUUCGAUGAAUAUGUUAAGACACAUGUUAUAAACGGAGAUUAUCCGAUCGAGUUUUUCAUUGAAGGGACACGGUCUCGGACAUUGAAAACGUUGCUUCCUGUUCGACAGGGAAUGUUGAAAUCGUGUCUCGAAUGCUAUUUUCGACGACAGGUUGACAACUUGAUCUUAAUCCCGAUAACGAUUAAUUACGAGAAAGUUUUAGAAGAUAAUUUACAUGCGAACGAACUACUGGGUGUACCGAAACCGAAAGAAUCCAAAGGUGGAUUGCUAAAAGCGGCUCAGAUUUUAAAGAAAUCUUUCGGAAAGAUGAUUGUUAGAUUUAGUGAGCCGAUUUAUGUUCACGAUGCAUACGAAAUGUUUAAACUUAACGACGAAAAACGAACGAAUGAUCAACCAGAUGCUUUCAACCGAUCCGUUCCACGUACACUCCAACCGCGUUCUAUAUGUCAGCAAGACGCUUUUACUGAUGCCGAACAAAGAUUUACCGAUGAAUUAUCCUAUCGAAUCGUGAACGAACAUCAAAGUUUAACUGUCAUCUAUCCAAUAACAGUUGCUGCAUUUACCUUUCUCAGUACAUCGAAUAAUCGAUCGGUCUCGAUUGACCAAUUGUUGACUGAUAAGAAAACACUGUUUCUCGACAAUACUGGUGUGACUGAACAUUUCUCAUCUCAUUAUCAAAUCUCAUGGCCAGUAGAAAAUGAACGAAAUUGUUUGAAACAACGUCUUUUAACCAUUUAUUCUGAUGUAUUCGAAUGCACUGAAAACAAUCAUUUAACAUUAAAAAUGACCGGUGACCGUUUUGUCGAUGCAGCUCUUCUUAUGAAAUUGUUCAUAUACCGAAACACAUGCUUACAUUUAUUUGCUAAACCAGCGUAUAUCCUCUUAGUUUGUCAAGCAAAUUCUCAGGUACCGAUUUCGCACGAGCAACUUCGAAUGUAUUAUCAUUUUCUUAUUCAAUUAUUCGCUUACGAAUUUGUCUACGAUCGAUUUCCGACCGACGAUCUUAAUGAUAAAGAUUUCGAUCAAUAUCUUUCCCAUUGGAUCAAAGUCAACUACAUUAUUCCAUUGAAUAAUUCAACAUACAAAGUCAACUCACAAUUUCGUCAACAAAUUUCGUUGAUAACAAGUCCAUUCGAACAAUACGCACGUGCUUAUCUGUUAAUUUAUGAGCAAGAAUAUCCUUCAUCAGAAACCAAUCUUUCUUUGUUAAUCAAAAUUUACCAAAAAGCGUUAUUGUCAAAACUCGACACAACUAAUCUUAUCAGCGUUUUAGCAUCAUCGUCAAAUGUAAUCAGCAAUGCAUUGCGCACAUUGAAUUUCAAUACGAAAUCGAAAGCAUAUGUGGAUCUUCGUCAUUUGUUAACCAAUCUGUUUCAGCCAAUGUCAACACAACUUCGUGCUAAGUUAUAA